AUGAAUGGAGGGAAUGAAAGUAUUGUGUUAGAAUUCCUUCUGCUAGGGCUUUCUAAGCAUCCCAAAAUUGAAAUUUUUCUUUUUGUGUUGUGCUUAGGAAUAUAUCUGGUCAUUUUGCUAGGGAAUUCCUCUCUUAUUAUAUUAAGUAUUAUGGAUUCCAACCUUCACACCCCCAUGUAUUUCUUCCUUAGCAACCUUUCUUUCAUGGACAUCUUUGGUACAUCCUCUUUUUUGCCUCUAAUGUUGGUCAAUUUUCUAUCAGUCAGAAAAACAAUAUCCUUUGCAGGAUGUGCAUUACAAAUGUACCUCACUCAUGCUUUGGGAACAACGGAAUGUGUGCUGCUGGCCAUGAUGGCUUAUGACCGGUAUGUGGCCAUCUGCAAUCCCCUGAGAUAUACAAUCAUCAUGAAUACAAGAGUCUGUGUUCAGCUGGCAGCCCUUAGUUGGAUAGUUGGUACCAUAAAUUCACUGGUGCAAACAAUUCUUGCAUUAAGGCUUUCCUUCUGUGGAAAUAACAUCAUUGAUCAUUUCUUUUGUGAAAUUCUGGCUGUCCUGAAACUGGCCUGUGUGGACAUUUCCCUCAAUGCUUUUGUCAUGAUGAUGGCAGUUUUACUGGUCACAAUGACACCAAUGCUACUCAUUUUGAUCUCUUAUGUGUUUAUCCUUGCCACCAUCCUGAGACUCAAUUCAGCAGAAGGAAGGAAGAAAGCCUUCUCCACCUGUUCAGCACAUCUAGCUGUGGUCAUCAUAUUCUACGGGACCAUUCUCUUCAUGUACUCUAAACCCAAGGCAAAGGACCCAGAUUCAGACAAACUGAUUGCCUUAUUCUAUGGUGCAGUGACCUCCAUGCUGAACCCCAUUAUCUAUAGUUUGAGGAACAAAGAAGUUAAAGCAGCAGUGAAAAAGGUAAUAUCCUCUAUUAGAACAUGA